AUGCCAGCACCAGCAGCAACAACGACGAUGGCCGCAUGCGUGAUCCUGGUCGGCCUACUUUUUCUGGGGGCGCAUGCGUUUGAUACCCCGAAAAUCAAUCCGAACCUUGUCGUCAUGUUCGGCUUGAGGGAAGAGGCCCUUGAGGAGCUCGAGGCCUCUGGAUCUCUUAAGGCACUGCCCCUAAUUGGCUCUUCCCCCCACGUUCUGUACAACAAAAAAGAAGUGGGCAUCGAGCUUCAAAAGGACAGCUACUGGAAAUGCACCACCGGUCGUUGGUUUUUGCGGGUCGAACUGUCCGAAUCCGGACCCGUGGAGGCAUUGGAUCCGUAUCCGUUGGCUUCUUCUGUCGAGUAUAUUGACAAAGCCACAAACAAGGGCAUGCCUCUUCCGUCCCUGCUCGCUUUGCAACCCCUGAAUCCUCUCGCCUUCUCUCCCUACGCCCUCACGAAGGACGGAAAUAGCCUCAAGGGCUGGAAGGGGACGCUGGCGUGCGUCGAGGAGGGGCAGCCGCUGCAGCUAUUCGAGGGAUGGCCUAUGUUUAUCACGAAAUAUGACAAAGCGUCAUGGCAUCGUGAGGUGGCAGUACUCUCUGUGUUGGUCACGGAGCCGACGUGGGACCCCUCAGCCGAGCCGUCAUUUUCCCGGUUCAAAGACAAGGAGGGCGUUCUGAUCCAUUUAACCCUGCAAGUUCGCCGUUCGGAGUCUCCCGUAGAGUCUCCUGAGGCUUCCCCUUUCGUUUCAAGGGACGCUGUUGAGGCCGAGGAGACUCCCCCCCUUUCCGAACGCCCUACGCGGGGGCCCUUGGGAGGCGAAGUGGUCACGCUGUUUAGUCUCAUGCAAAACAAGUUCAGAGACAGCUAUCUCUCGAAGAACCAGUGGAUAGAGGAGCUGCGUGGACGACUAGAGACCGGAAGGGGCUGUGUGUUGCACAGCAGCAGGAGCUCUUUGGCGCAAGAGCAAAUCGAUGCAGCGGACACAGAGGCGCAUUGGGAUUACAGCACAGAAAGCUCCGAAGAGCAGGAAGAUCUUUCUGAAGGCGCAGGAUGGGGGGAGGUUGAGAUGGAGGUUCCCCCUUGGGUCGCUGCACCGACAGGCAAGAAACAGGCUAAUGCCACCAGAGAAGGAUACGUCGUAUGGCUUAAGUGCCCUCAGGCUCCGGCUAUAGUCCAAGUCCCUUUUGAGGCUGUGCUGCGGAGCUUGUCGCCUUCUCUGCGCCGUGUGGCAUCCACGGUGUUAAGCCCCUAUAAGCGAUGGAAGGGCCCCUCCUUACUUUCCGCGAUCUUCUUUCUCCUCUCUUCGAUUUUCCUCUGGUCCAAGGAGGAAAGUCUUUCCAGGCUCGGGGUGCCCCUACACAGGAUUCCGAAUGGCCCCCUGGACGUUGUGGGGCAGUUGAGCUACGCGUCAGCGCUCGCAGGAAGUCGAGAGCCGUGGGUUAGCAGUGUUUUUGGAAGCUCUCCGGUGGGGGCCUUCUUCGCGCCGGAUGGACGUUAUUAUCAGACACCUGUGGCUGCAACGUCUGUACCCCUGCGGCAUCGCGCAAGGAUUGUGGGAGGUAGUGUCGCAUCUUCGUUGGGACUAGCAGCAGCAGUUAUUGCGGGUAUGGGCGUGUUAGCAACCACCCUCAAAGGCAUUGGUCGCGUGGCCCUUAAGAAGAGCAAAGAAGUUGCCAGGGGUAUUCUCCACAGGGCACCUUGGCGGAAAGGAUACAGCCCACUCUUGGACAGAUUGGCUCACGGCCUUUUGAAGGGGCAGGCGAAAGGCGGGGGAACGCGGCAGGUGCUUCUGAUGGUGUUUGAUUCUCUCGAUCCCCCGACUGAACCUGAGGCCUUAACAGAGAGCUCUGCAGCCAGAACGGGCACAGAUGGUGUAGUGCAAUGGCUGCAGCAGCGGCUAGCUGCGCAGGUUGUCCUCUUGCCGAUCAAUGUGUUCAAGGAGCCUUUCGGAAGAAGGCAUCAGAUAGUCGUCAACACGCGUGCUCGGAUGUCGGUGGGUGACUUUACGCGCGGUCUGCUACUCCCGCAUUGCCGCAAUCGCGUGGAAAAGCACCCUGAGCUCUUGCAGCUCUUCUCCCUUGCCCUAGCGGAGCCUAUUCCUCAGGCUGCACCUCUGUCAGCCGCGUCGAAUGCCGAAGACAACUACGCACUCGCCUUCAGUCCUGAUGAGCCAACAGCCCGCGUCCGACUGCUUUCUCCUUCCCUCGCAAUGAGCGAGGCCGUAAAGCUGCUCAAUGUGUACAAAGGGGCCCACUUUAUUGUGUCUGUAGGGGCCUCUUCGAGUGAAGGACUCCCUGGGGAAAAUCCCAGCGGCCUCACGCUGCUCUCAGAGAAUUCCAGCAACGCAAAAGUCUGGAGAGCUCUCACUAAUCACUGCCUGGUCUUCAGAAAGAAGCCCAUUGUCAGCAUGGCUGCCGCGAGCAUUUCGAUGCGGUUGAAUUUGAGGCUGCCGCCGGUCCAAACGGAAAGCUGCGAGUGGCCAGGCUCCUCUCCUGGGGCCUUAGUAGUGCAGCACGUUCCCCCGGGAACGACUGUGAAACAGCUACUGGCUCAACUGCUGGAAGCCUUAAGGUCGCAUGGCCUGCUGUCUCCAUGUGCGGCACCACCAUGCACCGAGCGCGCAGGGGUGGAAGAGAGCAGCGGUGCUGAAGCAGCAAGGGGGGCUGGAAGCGACGGCGAGCCAGAUGCCACAGCAGCAAACGUGUCUCCCCCCAUGGGCGGAGUCGCCUCCUCCGCAUCUAGGGUAGUCGCAACAGCAGCAGCAACCCCCUUGCUGCCGGAUGGCCUCACUGAGAGAGCUCUCGCACUGUAUGUGGUAAAGGGCCAUUCGGGAGGCGAGCGCCGUCCCUCAAUUCGGGGGGAGCACUUCGGAGGUUCUUUGGACAGUAGGGUGACGAAAUUAUUUGCGAACACAGGGAAGGAAAUCGACGCGAGGGAGAAUGCGAAGGCAACGCAGCUCACGCGCGUCCCCUUCAGCAGCACCGUUAGAGACCUCCUUGACAACUACGGCUAUGACGGAGUAUCCUUUGGCUUUUUGCUUUGGGCCACACCAGUGUGCCUUGGAGCCUUCUCGCUCUCAGUUGUCUGCUCUACUCGCGACACAAGAGAACCAGUAAAAACAGCAGGAAUAGCAGCAGCAGUUCUUUCCUGUUCAACACCUCAACCCUCUACACCCCUUGUUGCGGUGAUGGGCUUAUCCCCACGGAUUUUGCGCUGGCCGGAGGCAGGCAGCCAGCCUAAUUGGAUGUAUUCGAGCGUGAACGCAAAAACUACGUGCUUUAGACAACUCGUUACAUUCACUGCUGUCAGUAUUUGA